CCGGCCGAUGUGGCGGGAGCUCUCCGCUGGUCUCCUCCGUGCGCUGUUUCGGAGCUCCCACCUUCUUCGCGGAGCGGCAGGUCUAGGGGGCACGAAGCCGGGGAAGCCCACGCUGGACUGCAGCGACGCCAUCAACGAAAGUGCGUCGGCCGGGCAGACUGGGGCGUAGGAGUGAGGGGCACCGAGUCACAUCGCAAAAACUUUUCUCGACUUCUCGGCGCGUCCUGCAGCCACGAUCCAUGCUGGGGCCGCCAUCCGGUCCCUGGCCCCGCCACUGACGGCGUCUGGCGCUCGGGGAGGACCCAUGUCCUGCGCUUUCCGGGGGUCGUAGGCUGCUGCUGCGCCGCGGCUCCGGGAGCCGGCGGGGGCGCCGCGGCUGAGGGAGACGUCAAUGGAUCGCCACUCCAGCUACAUCUUCAUCUGGCUGCAGCUCGAGCUCUGCGCCAUGGCGGUACUGCUCACCAAAGGAGAAAUUCGAUGCUACUGUGAUGCUGCCCACUGUGUGGCAACUGGUUAUAUGUGUAAAUCUGAGCUCAGCGCCUGCUUCUCUAGACUUCUGGAUCCUCAGAACUCAAAUUCCCCACUCACCCAUGGCUGCCUGGACUCUCUUGCAAGCACAGCAGACAUCUGCCAAGCCAAACAGGCCCAAAACCACUCUGGCACCACUAUGCCCACAUUGGAAUGUUGUCAUGAAGACAUGUGCAAUUACAGAGGGCUGCACGAUGUUCUCUCUCCUCCCAAGGGUGAAUCCUCAGGACAAGGAAACAGAUAUCAGCACGAUGGUAGCAGAAACCUCAUCACCAAGGUGCAGGAGCUGACCUCUUCCAAAGAAUUGUGGUUCCGGGCAGCAGUGAUCGCCGUUCCCAUUGCUGGUGGGCUGAUCUUAGUGUUGCUGAUUAUGUUGGCCUUGAGGAUGCUCCGAAGUGAGAACAAGAGACUGCAGGAUCAGCGGCAGCAGAUGCUCUCUCGUUUGCACUACAGCUUUCAUGGACACCAUUCCAAAAAGGGCCAGGUUGCAAAGUUAGACUUGGAAUGCAUGGUGCCUGUCAGCGGGCACGAGAACUGCUGUCUGACCUGUGAUAAAAUGAGACAAGCAGACCUCAGCAACGAUAAAAUCCUCUCUCUCGUUCACUGGGGCAUGUACAGUGGUCAUGGGAAGCUGGAAUUUGUAUGACAGAGUCUUAUCUGAACUAAACUUCUUGAACCCUUGAAGGUCUUCGAGUUCUGCUGGACAGGAGCACUUUAUCUGGAGACAAACAAAGUCAUUUAAUCAUUUUUGAGAGACAAACUGACCUCUGCAAACAGAAUCUUGGAUAUUUCUUCUGAAGGAUUAUUUGCACAGACUUGAAUACAGUCAAAUGUAUUAUUUGCUUUAAAAUUAUAAGAAGCAAAGAGAAGACUAUGUACACACUGUUACCAGGGUUAUCUGCAUCCAAGGGAGCUAGAAUUGAGUACCUAAAUAAACUAAAUGUGCUCUAUGUAAGCUCCUACAUCUUGAUUUAUUGUAAAGAUUUUUAAAAUAUAUAUAUUUUUUGUCUGAAA